UCGGGCUUAGAAUCUCAGGCACGCCUCCCUCCAGUGCUCAGCGAGGGACUACCGCUGCCGCCCUUCCGGCAGACAGGAGCGUGCCAGGACCAGGACUGAAGGGCUGGGCGAGAGCGAGAAGGGCGGAACGGGUGGGAAGGCCACGCACGCGGAGGCGGGGCUUUGGCCAGGAAGCCGCCGCCGCUCGUGGUGCGGAUCUAAGGAGCGAGCGGCGGAGACAACGCCAGGCGUGGGCGCGAACACUACCGGUGGCACUCAGUGUUCCUAGGUCCCCUCGCUAUUGGCCGGGACGCGGGAGAGCGCGGCGGGGGCGCGAGGUGGGAGCGGCCAAUGCGAAACUGGCUGGUGCUGCUGUGCCCUUGCGUGCUCGGGGCCGCGCUGCACCUCUGGCACCUCUGGCUCCGUUCCCCGCCGGCCCCCCUCUACACCGGGCCCAGCGCGGCAGAUCAAUCAGCCUUAUUUCCUCAGUGGAAAUUUAGUCACUAUGACGUGGUAGUUGGUGUGUUAUCAGCUCGAAAUAACCACGAACUUCGAAAUGUGAUAAGGAAUACCUGGCUGAAGGAUUUGCUGCAACAUCCUACAUUAAGUCAACGUGUGCUUGUGAAGUUCAUAAUAGGUGCCCGUGGCUGUGAAGUGCCUGUGGAAGACAGGGAGGACCCUUAUUCCUGCCGACUGCUCAACAUCACCAAUCCAGUUUUGAAUCAAGAAAUUGAGGCAUUCAGCUUUCCUGAAGAUGCCUCCUCAUCUAGACUGUCUGAAGACCGAGUUGUCAGCGUGAGCUUCAGAGUUCUCUACCCAAUCGUGAUUACCAGUCUUGGAGUGUUCUACGAUGCCAGUGACAUUGGUUUUCAAAGGAACAUCACAGUCAAGUUGUAUCAGACAGAGCAAGAGGAGGCCCUUUUCAUCGCCCGAUUUAGUCCUCCAAGCUGUGGCAUACAAGUGAACAAGCUAUGGUAUAAGCCUGUGGAACAAUUCAUCUUACCAGAGAGCUUCGAAGGUACAAUCGUGUGGGAAAGCCAAGAUCUCCAUGGCCUCAUGUCCAGAAACCUGCACAGAGUGACCGUGAACGAUGGAGGAGGUGUUCUCAGAGUCCUCACAGCUGGGGAAGGGGCCCUGCCUCAUGAAUUCAUGGAAGGUGUGGAGGGAGUUGCAGGUGGCUUUAUCUACACUGUUCAGGAAGGUGAUGCACUAUUACGGAGCCUUUACUCUCGGCCCCAGAGACUUGCAGAUCAUUUACGGGAUCUGCAAGUGGAAGAUGCCUUACUGCAGGAGGAAAGCAGUGUCUAUGAUGACAUCGUCUUCGUGGAUGUCGUGGAUACUUACCGGAAUGUUCCUGCAAAAUUAUUGAACUUCUAUAGAUGGACUGUGGAAUCCACCAGCUUCGGUUUGCUGCUCAAGACAGAUGAUGACUGUUACAUAGACUUAGAAGCUGUGUUUAAUAGAAUUGCUCAGAAGAAUCUAGAUGGGCCAAAUUUUUGGUGGGGAAAUUUCAGGUUGAAUUGGGCAGUGGACAGAACCGGAAAAUGGCAGGAGCUGGAAUACCCCAGCCCAGCUUACCCUGCCUUUGCAUGUGGGUCAGGGUAUGUGAUCUCCAAGGAUAUCGUUGACUGGCUGGCAGGCAACUCCGGAAGGUUAAAGACCUAUCAGGGUGAAGAUGUCAGCAUGGGCAUUUGGAUGGCAGCCAUAGGACCUAAAAGACACCAGGACAGCCUGUGGCUGUGUGAGAAAACCUGUGAGACAGGAAUGCUGUCUUCUCCUCAGUACUCACCAGAAGAGCUGAGCAAACUGUGGGAACUGAAGGAACUGUGUGGGGAUCCUUGUCAGUGUGAAGCAAAAACACAGUGAUCUCCAAAGACCAGGGGCUUAUCCCCAGAGUCCAGGGGCUGUAAAUCCGAGGAGAGCUGUGGCUGGUAUUGAGCUGUAAGCAGUAGGGUAUUACUAGUGUUUGCACAGAUCUUAAUGAAUCAACUGAUAACUGUAGCAUAAGUUUUUAUUUAUAAAUUGAAAGAUUAUUUAUACCAAGUUAUUUUAUAAAAAUAUUGCUAAUUUCUGAUCACUUAUACUGAUUAGUAACUCAUCAUUUUUGGUUAAAUGGCCACAUUCAGAAAAUAACUCCAUUUGAAUCUCAAGCAGGAUUAAAUCUCAAGCAGGAUUCCAAAAUAGUUCUGCAUAACUUAAUUAGGCCAGAAAGAUGCUGUGUGGCACAGGGGCCACAAAUACCAAAGUCUGGGUUGCUAGAAAUAACAGUUUGUGGAUCUCUGAUACAGACAACCUGGCCUUGAAAAGGACGUGUUGUAAACCGAAGUUUGGUAUCUUACUUUUAAAGAUGUUUAUUUACAUA